UGACAGACAAGGAUAAAACACGGACCAGGAUAAAACACGACAGAGACUACUAUGAGGGUCUUUAUAACAGUGGUUCUUGUUUAUAUAACCACUUCUAUCACUGAAAGUGCUAUCUUUGGGGUUUAUCCAACACGAGGAAACAGCCGAGCAUGUCCCAAGAGAAAGGAUACAAUGCCAUAUUAUUUUGGAGAAACUGACUUAGCCUGCAUGAACUUUGGAGUCAGACGAAUUAAUCGAGAUCGUCGCACACCUCCAAGCAGAUUUACUUUUAAGUUCUCCCAUCGUUGGAUCUAUAUUGAUGGUAUGUACCUAGAAUUUGGAAACCGUGUUGGACGUGAUGCUGCUCUUGUUAAAUACGACUACCCAAACCUCGGCAAUGUGUGUACCAUGACAAAAGAAAAACGUCCAGCAGGUUACACAAGACUAAGUAGGGGUUGUAUCAAAAGCUGCAUCAAACACUAUGUAGACAAGUUUGGCAAUUACGGUUUCUACACAAACAACUGCCACCAUUUUGUAAAUAAAAUAUCCAUACUGCUCUGCCUGGGAAAGAAGUGUCCAAAGUGGUGCCAGUAUAGCCCUGAAGAUAGUGGGGAAUAUGACCAAGAAAAUGAGGAUGAAAUGGAAGAAGCUAUGAAGGAAAUAGACGAAAGAAAAGUCCCUAAUCCCCACUAAGAUAGGGACACAGGAAGCAGCAGAAAACAGACAGCAGUCCAGUAUAACAUCUAGUAUAACAUUCGACAAACAAAUGUGUUUGAAACCAUUGAAUUUUGAAAUAAAAGUACUUCUGCUUUUUA